GCUCCCAUUGGUCGCCUCGGGCGACAAGAGAGGUCAUUUGAUUAGGUACCGGCGCCUGUUUCGACUAUUUCGAGGCAUCCAUUUGAGGUGGGGCGCUUGCGUAUUUGUUUCCGUGGACGCCAUUUGUUUAUUUGUUUGUUUAAGAUAAGGCCACGCCCGGCGGUGUGACUUUUAGCGCGAAGGCCACUAUUUGAGGAAGGGCGUCAAUAACAGGAACCUACACGAACCAAUUCAACGGAAAUGUAACUGUCGGAAACUCAUUUGUAUCCCCUGAGCACCGGCAAGGUCGGGGAAAUAAAAUCAUCCAUUUAUGUCAGGUGCGGCAUUUAAUUUUUUCUCCCCCGACAAUUGCAGCGCGGCCCCCGUUUGACGAUACGCUUCAAAUAUAUGAAAAUAAAGGUGAUUUGAAAUCCUGUUCAAAAUCGACGGCAAUCGCUUGAGGUGCGGCAUCCAUUUUAGGAGAGGCAAAUACGUACUGAUUGAUUGUAUAUUAUAUCUCGAUUAUGAUUCUAUAUUACGAGCAUGUGUCUUUUGAAUGUUUUGUUGGCUUUUUCUAACAAUUCCUCUGAAACUCGAUUGGGUUCUGACAGUCGCACGGGGGGCCUGGCGUAGCCCGUGCGCCUUCUGUUGCCCACCCCCCGCCGGGACACGAGUCCAACACGUCGCGGAGCCUCUGAGGCAUCUUUCUGUGUGUGCGUGCGCAUUUUGUGCGUGUCGCGCACCCUCCUCCCACCCACUCACCCUCGCCCGAGUCGACGUGGACCCACGCACGCACGCACGCACGCACGCACAGACGUACCCGCGGCGAGCACGCUUCCCAAAAUGUCGGUCGAGAGGAUAUUUGACGAGCUCGGACAUUUCAAGAGGUUUCAGGCCUGCGUGUACUUUGCGGCCGUCUUCCAGGCCACGGCCUGCGGGAUCCACUACCUGGCUUCCGUCUUCCUGGUGGAGACGCCCGACUUCGUCUGCGGCGCUCCCGCCAACGUCACGGACGUGUUGUUCGGCAACCUGAGCGGGACCAGCGUGGAGGACUUUCUGCCCCUCUUCAAAGCAGAAACGGGCCCCCUGGUGGUCAGGACCACCGGCGGGGAGCAGUGGGAGCUGAGCCGCUGCCGGCGGGCGCUGCGGAUUCGUCCCGGAGACUUUGCGUACGCCUUUGACGGAAAUAAAUCGGUGGAAGCGUGCGUGGGGGGCUUUGUUUACGAUCGCAGCGAAGUGUACCAGAGCAUCGUGACCGACUGGGACCUGGUGUGCGACCGAGCCUGGCUGGCGAAGCUGUGCCAGCCCACCUUCAUGUUGGGGGUGCUGGUGGGGGCGCUUGUGUUUGGGGACUUGGCUGACAGGGUUGGCAGAGUGAAGAUCCUAAUGUUCGCCAGCCUGUGCCAAUUUGGGAUCGGCGUGUGUGUGGCCUUCUCCGCCAACUACUACUACUUUGUGGCCUUCCGCUUCCUCCUGGCCAUGGCAUCCAGCGGCUAUCUGGUGGUGGUUUUCGUGUACGUGACGGAGUUCACGGGCAUCGAGGUGCGCACGUGGACCUCCAUGCACGUGCACGCCGCCUUCGCCGUGGGCGUCAUGGUGGUGGCGCUGACCGGCUACCUGGUGCGCGUGUGGUGGAUCUACCAGAUCGUCCUGUCGCUGUGCACCUCGCCCUUCUUGCUCUUCUGCUGGAAGUUCCCCGAGACGCCCUUCUACCUCAUCGCCAAGGGCAAGUACGAGCAGGCGCAAGCCCUGCUGGACGCCAUGGCCCGCGUCAACGGUUCGGAGCGCCGGCUGAAGGUGGAGGAGCUGCUGGAGUCGGAGGAGCAGAACGGCGCGGAGCUGCUGGAGAAGGAGGAGCGCGAGGAGGCGCUCGACAAGGCGCCGCAGAGGAAGCUGUCCAUCCUGGACUUGUUCGGCAGCUGGCGGAUGGCGGGGCGCACGUGCACCGUGUGGGCCAUCUGGUUCAUCGGCAGCCUGGGCUACUACGUCUUCUCGCUGGGCUCCGUCAACCUGGGGGGCAACCAGUACGUCAACCUCUUCCUGGUCGGUGCGGUGGAGCUUCCCUCUUAUCUGGUCGGCUGCUUCGCCAUGGACCGCAUCGGGCGCAAGAAGACGUGCGCCCCGGCCCUGCUGCUGGCGGGGGUCGCCUGCGCGCUCAUCAUAGUGGUCCCCGCCGACAUCGAGGCGCUGGCCAUCGCUCUGAGCAUGAUCGGAAAGUUCGCCGUCGCCAUCGCCUUCGGUCUCAUCUAUUUGUACACUUGCGAGCUUUACCCCACCAUCAUCAGGUCUCUGGCGGUGGGCAGCGGCAGCAUGAUGUGCCGCGUCGGCAGCGUGGUGGCGCCGUUCUGCGUGUACCUGGCCGACGUCUGGAUCUACCUGCCUCAGCUCAUCGUGGGCGUCCUGGCUUUCGCCAUCGGCAUCCUGACCUUGAUGCUGCCCGAGACGCUGGGCAGGCCGCUGACCUCCACCCUGGAGGAGGCCGAGGCUCUGGGACGAAGCCCCGCCGAGAAGAGGAAAAGUGCGGCGGACGGGCUGGAGAUGAGCCGGCGCGUGUGAGGGGGCAAAAAAAACCCAAAAACAAACAAAGACAAAAAAAGCACACUUUUUAGUGACCCAUUUGUUGUUGACGUUUGGUGACCGAAAAUCACGGGACACAACAUUAGGUACAGCUCGCACAAUACAAUUUGAUUACAAAAACAAACGUCAUUGUAAUGGAAGAUGAAACUUCAAAUGAAAAUAAGACUGUUUCAUGGGUCAAAAUGUAACCAAGUGUGUGUAUACUGUUUUAUUGUUAGGGGCUGAUGGUCACAGCUGCAAGAAACCAACAACAAUCCAAAAGAAAACCCAUAAGUACAGAGAAAAAGCAACAAUAAACCAAAAUGUAACUGCAUCGUGCAGAUGAUGUUCCUCACAUGCAUGCAAAUCCACUUUUACGUGGAUCAUUUUGGAACAAAUUUGCAGAUUUUGUGCUCAGGCCGAAGCCCGUCCUAAUUUAAAAGGAGUGCUUUGGUGCCGCCGAGAUUGAAGUUACUGUCACGUGAGCCAAAGCCCUGUCCAAUCGAAAGGUAGUACUUUGCCACCACCCUGUGGCUGUUAUAGGCAAUUGCAAGCACUUACCAGCAGAUUUUCACCAUUUGUGACACGCGUCAGCAUUUUUGAGGAAAUGAAUAGAAAUAUGAAGAAUUCAUAGAGAUCAGCAGCCUAUGACCCCUCCACCUCUGAAAGGCGGCGUCUAUGUUCACGCUUGUUUUUUUCUCAGGGUUUGUCCAAUUCCUUUUUGUUUGUUAUUUUUUUGUUUUAUUACUGUCAGGUCAUACUGAGUUCAAACAAAGACAGCAGAAGGAGCGGCACAAUGUCCAUUGAAUUGAAGCAAAAACUGUUGAAUUUCUCUACAUUCUAUUUCCUUAUGUCAUUACUGUAUGUUUUCAUAAAGUACAAUCUGAGCGAGUGCUAUUUUCCAUAUUAAAAACAUUUAGGGUGUAACAGA